AUUCGUGAGUUUCUUCCUUUAGUAACAUCAUGAAGAUUUCUUUAGUUUUACUUGUCGGUGUGAUAGCUGUAGCUCGAGCUGCUACUGCGAGAUAUGAAGUUGGAACUGAACGACCUGGUGAUUUUCCUGCAACACAUCCAUCUGUUUUGGAAAGUUCCAGUGUGUCUGGAAUUCGUGACAACAAGCAAGGACAGUUCCAACAUUCUCAAGACCUUCACGUCACAGGCUCUCCUGCAUCCAACGAUUUCCAAAGAGACUCAAAUCUUUUCUUGUCUCAAAAUCUCGGAACCCCUGCAAGCACUACCUCAGCAACUAAAUCUUCAGUGAAAGGUCAAUUCAACGAUAUUUCUUCUCAACACCCACAAUCAUUCUUCAACGACAAGCAAAAUUCUCCCAAGCAACAACAAUUCAUCGAUGGAAGGCAGCAAAAUUCAGGCCAGGUUCCAUUCGCUUAUAACGACAACCAACAAUCUUUGAAUGACCAGAGAUUCUUCAACGCUGAGCAACAGUUCCCUAACCAAGACCAAUUCUUGAAUGACAGACAACAGCAACAGCAGUUUUACAAUGACCAACAUCAACAGCAACAAUUCUUCAAUGAUCAGCAGCAGCAACAAUUCUUUGAUAAUAGGCAACAGAAGUCUGCCCAAAGGCAAUUUUUCAAUGAACAACAGUCACCAGCUCAGAAGCAAUUUUACAACGAUAAACAACAAUCAUUGAAUCAACAACAGCAGUUCUACAACGACAAGCAACAAUCAUUGAAUCAACAACAGCAGUUCUACAACGACAAGCAACAAUCAUUGAAUCAACAACAGCAGUUCUACAACGAUAAGCAGCAAGCACUCCUCCAACAACAACCCCGUGAUCAGAGAGAAACAUACAACGUCCAAGCCGCAGGAAUUUCUGGCCAGCAGCUCAACGGCAAGAGGUUGGACCAAGAAAUAACCAGCCAAAAAGGUCAAGUAAAAGGGGAUGAGCCAUCCAUCCAGAUCCAUUCUGUAUCCAAAGGAGCUGUGCAAUUGUCAGCUUUUGAUAACCGAGCCCAACCCGUAGUAUUGCCUCAAAGUGCAGCUAUGCAUUCAUCAUCUGUAGUAGUUUCUGGAUUGAAAAACGUGCCGCUGUUACCUGCCAUGGUCUACAAUGGCGGAGCUGUACCUAUGACUCAUGCUACUGUCUACAGUCGAGAUCCCUUGUACAAAGGUGGAGCUGGCAUUCGACAGCACUUGCAGACACCUUUCGUCAGAUACGUCUACAGCCACGUUUUGUAAGCGGCAAAAGAACGACUAAUUGGAAGGAUAAAAAGGAAGGAUCCUGAUUUUAUGAUUUCCAACAGAAUUGGAAAUCUGAUUGAAGAUUUCACUACUACUCCAUGUUUUAAUGAAUAGCCUUGUUUUUCCGCCAGUAAAUUUAUAUUAUUUUGAAAUUAAUAAACUUUAAAAGAAUUUCUCUAAGGUUAUUAGUAGGAUAUAUAUGUAUUUUUAUUACUAAUAGAAUAUUUAUGUCAAUGUGUUUUUGUUUAGAAUUUCUGCAAGGAUUACUUGCGAUUUGGGAAUAUGGCAUUUGAAUAUUUAAACAAAAGUUUGUCUUAUGUUUCGCUUAUAUGGAUGAAAAAUCUUUAUUAAUUCUAUGCGAAAUGCUCUGUAAUAUUGCUUGUAAGCUUGCUCUGCUUUUGUGAAUGUUUUUUUCAAUCAGUAAAUAAAAUUCUUGGAACAAAACAAAUCUCUUAGAUUGGAAUUGGAAGAAUUAUUUCAUUAUGGUAAUUUUCAAAGAAAGUUGGUUGUUCAGAUUGCACUAUAGAUUGGUGAAUUAUUUUUAUUACCUUGUAAUGAUUUAAGAAGACAAACCUAACAAUACAUUAAAGUAAUUAAAAUUUUCUAUUUUAAUUGUGCUUGUGUUUGGAGUGCUAUUAAUGCUGCUUUAUCGGUGUAAAAAGUUUUGGUGAAUAAAGGUUUUUUUUUGGAUA